UGGUGCUGCUGAGGUUGGGGUGGGAGGGAAUGUUGUGAAUGACUGAGGCAGCAGAGCAGCUGAGUGAGACUAACAAGUGGUUGCCAUGCAGCAGGAGCAAGCGCGCGUGCUUCUGGAGAGAGAGCUAGAGAAACAGAAUGAUAAUGAGCAGCGGGCGGCAAGUAAAGGAGCAUGAGGACAGGAGCUCUAUCUCUCAGAAUAGACAUAUAAUAGCUAGAUCCAGCCUUCCGCUUCCCUUCCUCUGUUUUAAUCUCUUCACCUCUGGCUUUUUGGUUAGAUGAGCAGUUAGCCUAGCACAUCCAGAAUGCCAGGAAUGGAUGAAUUAAUGGAUAUACAUCUGAAGGCUUCAAGAAGGAGGAGUUGUUCGGAAGAGACAGCAGCAACAGGUCUGUAAGGAUGGCACGAUAAUGAUGGUAACAUGCAGGCUUCUAAACGCCUGACCCUAUCAGAGGAGAGAUGAGGCACCUAGAUGUUGGUUUACCAUGAGCAGCGUCCACUACAACCACUCCCUUGCUGCCAUGAGCGGAAACGACAUGAUGGCGCACUCUCUGACUCUGGAGCAGAAGACAGCCUUUGCCUUUGUGGGGAUGCUACUUGUGUUUUUGGGGCUGCUAAUAGUAAGGUGUUUCAGGAUCCUGCUGGACCCCUACAGCAGUAUGCCCUCCUCCAACUGGGCUGAUGGCAUUGAGGGGCUGGAGAAAGGGACGUUUGAGUAUGCCCUUACUUAACACAGGGACACACGCAUCAGUAGAUGUCCUGGCAAACAAGAAGUGUCCAUGGAAAUCCAUAUGCAUAUUCACACACACACACACACACACACACUUGCAAACAUGAACGCACACAAGCUCCGCACAACCAUUGCACGCUGAAACGCCAUUAAGACAUUACUGUGGCAUACCAAACUCCAACAGCAAAGCCACGUGUGUUGUUUAAUGUGUGUGAAUUGUUCAGUGUCCGUGUGCGACUACAUGUUUGUUGUAUGCGUGUGAGUGUGCGAGGUGGUCAUAUUGUCCGCCCUUCUGCCAGGGGGUGUGUAUUUCAAUUCAUCGAUUUACACAGAACUUGGCUGAAGCUCCCUUUAACCCAUACCUGCGAGAUGAAUGAAUGUCUGUAGAUAGAUAAUAAGAGAUGGAUGUUCAUGGAUGUUCAUGGAUGUUCAUGGAAGUGGGUGGGAGAUUAGGAUGCAAUGGAUCUUUUACGAUAUAGUUUAAAGACUCAGGGACAAGAUUCCUCAUGUGAACUUAGAAUGGAAGAGAGAGAGUGUUUGAAACUCUGCACAGCUAAAUUGUUCUGCACAGGAAUGUAUACGAGUGGAUACAGGGUAAUAUGUCUAACUAGUGCUUUGUAGACUAAUCAAAUCCAAUCUGUGGAUGAUCCAAAUGGAUGCUGCUGCUGCUGCUGUGUGUGCACUUCGGUCCCUUUCUGUGGUGUCUUGUUCUCUGAAGUCAUGCAAUGAAAGGCAACACGACAAACUGUGAUUUACAUUAUGGUGUUACUGUUUCUAAAUGAUGCAAAAUCAACUCUCAAGAGUUUGUACUGCUGCUUUUUUUUGAAUGAUGGUAUACUGUAUCCUGCCACAAUCACGUGUCAGAGUGAAAGGAACAAAAAACAACCCCAACUGUUUACUUUGAUACAUGUGGCAGUGUUGCUCUAUGACUUGUCAAGCAUUACUUCCAUUGUUUAGCUUUCAAGCGAAAUGAGGACGAAAAAAAAUUGGAAGGACUUCCUCAUUCUCAGCACUGCUAGUUUUCUGACGACAAGGAGAAACUCUCACUGCUCGCCUGCCUGCAUAGGAAAAGGUCACAUGGAAAACAGGUGUGGGAUGUGCGUCCCGCUGCACCUGAACAUCUUUUUCCUGUAGUUUCGGUCUCACCUCCAGUCUUUCUUCCAGACAGAGGAAGAGAGAACAGUCCUAAGCAGAGAUUCUGUAAUUCGGCCCACUGCUCAAAGUCUGGAGUGUUCCUUUGCUAAUUUCUAUGGUCUACGGUUUCUCCUUAGCGCUGUGACUCUGCCUUACUGUGACCUUCAAUGGGUUUAUGUGCCUUCAUCUAGAAAACAUUAGAGCACCUGUUUGUGCGUGCGUGCCCGCGUACGCCUGCGUGUGUGUGUGUGUGCUUGAGUGUCAUAUCAUGACGACAGGCCUGUCGCUUGCUCAGCUGGUGGUGGAGGUUUCUCAUUGAUUUUCGUUGGAUCCAAUGAUGUAAAAAUAAAUAGA